UAAGGUGCAAAAGGUAACUGGGACGUCCGUCGACGUCUCGAAGGAGAUCUCGCCAACGGAAAGUACAAGCAGAAAAGUGAAGCAUAAUAUCAAAAAGCAUCAACCGGGUUGUAUAUAGGCCUGUAUACUCAGAUCGCGCCAGUAUCGUAUCGGCUCAUACACACGGCAUUGUCAGUUCAGUUGGUUCAGUUCAGUUCAGUAUUAGUUUUAGUAGUGUGUUCGCGUCCGUCGAACAAGUAGCACGCAUGUAUUAGGAGAGAGUUAUGAUGAUAACGCGUGUUGUGGCGGUGCUAAGGAUCCACGGUUGGCACCGGGGCCGGCCUAGCAUUGCCACCAGUGACAGACAGUGACAGUGAGAUUACAGUGCGACACUAUGUCCCAGUCAUGGUGAAGACGCUGUUUCUGGGACUGCUAGCUGCUUCAAUUUGUGGUUUCUUGUACGCCGCUCCGCCCGCCGAUUUUCACUCCAAUUCCAAACAAUCCUCGAUUUUAGACGAUUCCGAAUCCUCUUCAUCCGAAGACAUACUGUUGAAAGAUCCUGCGGCUCGCAGCGAAAGGAGCACCAAUCUCUCUCACGUCACUGGUACCGGCAGAAAAAUACAAAUGUUUAUCAAGAAUAGACAUUUACAAAUACUACCUGACGGAACUGUCAAUGGCACCACCGACGAUACCAGUGCUUACUCGAUAUUGCAGAGGCUGACAGUCGGUAUUGGCCAAAUGAAGAUUCAGGGUGUUGCUACCUGUCAGUAUUUAUGCAUGGCUAGAUGUGGAUUGCUUUAUGGAUCGAGAGAAUUUGGAGACGAAUGCGUGUUUAACGAGACCAUCGAACAAUCCAAUUACAACACAUACUCAUCGACAAAAUACUCAAACGACAAAAGGACCUUCUACUUGGCGUUGAACCAGCGCGGCCAGUCCCGCAAAGUGGUACUGCGAGCCCGUAAACCUCUAGGCAAAUUGUCUUCGUACACUCUGGUCCUGACGAGGAACGUCGCUCCGGAACUGCACCCGAUGCGGCACCACGGCCACGUCUGUCCGCCGUUACCUCACCAAACGCAGAAGUCCCAUCCGGCCCAUCAGCGGUGUCCCAAGCGAAGAAAACGAAAGAAGAAGAAAAGAAAAUGUUCGAACGACGAAAACGACCCCGAAUUAUGUCAUAAGAGACUAAACGUGUCGAAGCACAAGGCGCAAAAUCGAAAUAUCCACAAGUGCGACGAGAACAGGGACAGUGAAACGUGCCAAAGAGACGUGAUUAGAAAGAAACAACAUAAAUUAAGUAGUGACAAAUCCGUAGUGAGUGAUCCCAAAAGGAAAAAGAAGAACAGAAAAAGCCAGGGAAUCAGGAAAAGGUUGGUGGAAGCCGUGGAAACGACCACCCUGGCUGCCCCUACGUCGACUCCUACUGAAGAUGCUACUAAUGACGAAGAUUACGCCCUAGACGGGUAUACUCAUGGGGAAUGGGAUGAUUCGACUUCCCUUCCUGACAUACCUAUGGCUGUCUCCGAAGCUACACCCAAUUUAAAUUCUGACUGACUCGCGCUUCAUCUUUCUUUUUAUUUAUUCUAUUAUUUAUUGUAUGUAAAUGUAAAUAAUUAUCUAUAAGUUAAUAUACCUCACCGUUGUAUAACUUGUUCUUUUUAUUAAAAUUUCG